GUUCCAAGAAGAAGGGUAAAGAGAAUAGAAGGUCAGAGUCAAACGAAGUGAAGAAUGUAAUGGAGAGGCAGUCGCAUUAGGGCAUCCCGUUCUUCCUUAGACCCACCGCUGCCGCCGCCGCCCUUUCUUCUUCAACGCUCUGAAAAUGGGUUUCAAGGGAUUUGUCGAAGGAGGGAUUGCUUCCAUUGUUGCCGGAUGCUCCACUCACCCACUUGAUCUCAUCAAAGUUCGGAUGCAAUUGGACGGCGAGAAACCGCCGCUUCCAAAUCUCCGCCCCGCCCUAGCUUUCAAUGCUUCUCGUUCCGUUGUCGCGCCGGAAUCUUUCCACAUCCCGCCGCCCCAACCUCCGCGUGUCGGACCCAUCUCGGUUGGCGUUAGAAUUGUCCAGUCCGAAGGUGUUACCGCGCUGUUUUCCGGCGUCUCUGCCACUGUUCUCCGGCAGACUCUUUACUCCACCACUCGGAUGGGUCUCUACGACAUCCUCAAGACUAAAUGGUCCGACCCGAAUUCUGGCAGCAUGCCUCUGACCCGGAAAAUCACGGCGGGGUUAAUCGCCGGCGGGAUUGGCGCGGCGGUGGGGAACCCGGCCGACGUCGCAAUGGUGAGAAUGCAGGCUGACGGCCGGCUUCCGAUGGCCCAGCGGCGGAAUUACGCCGGCGUGGUGGACGCCAUCACAAGAAUGUCGAAGCAAGAAGGGAUUACUAGCCUCUGGCGCGGGUCGUCACUUACGGUGAACCGGGCGAUGAUUGUGACGGCGGCGCAGUUGGCAUCGUACGAUCAGAUGAAAGAGACGAUAUUGGAAAAGGGUGUGAUGAAGGACGGACUGGGGACUCACGUGACGGCGAGUUUCGCGGCGGGGUUUGUGGCAGCAGUGGCGUCGAAUCCGGUGGAUGUCAUAAAGACGAGAGUUAUGAAUAUGAAGGUGGAGGCCGGGGCGGCGCCGCCGUACAGUGGGGCGUUAGACUGUGCAAUGAAGACGGUGAAGGCUGAAGGGCCGAUGGCUCUUUACAAAGGAUUUAUUCCGACGAUUUCACGGCAGGGGCCUUUCACGGUGGUCUUGUUUGUCACACUUGAACAAGUCCGAAAGAUUUUCAACCAAUUUUGACUUUUAAUUUUACAAAUUACAGAUGAGAAUUUAAAGUUUGUAAUUCUUUUGAUUUUAUUAAAAGAAAUGAGUGUAAAAUAAUUUAAUGUCUAUGAGAGAAUUGAACCUCUCAAUUCAUCAGAGGUGCAUAUUUAGAAGUUUACACAAACAAAGAUGAGAGAAUUUGAAAAAAAAUUUAAAAAUAUAUACCAUCUCAACUUUUAAUCA